UCUCUAAUAAGCUGUCCGAAAAAAAAUUGUUUGUGUGAAGAUCUUUUUAAUAUAUUUUCGAAUCUAUUGUUCAUUACUUUCGUAAAUAACAAUAAUAUUAAAAGUUUUUAUAAUGCGGUGUCAACUUUGCGGCUCUAAUCAACAAGAUGAAAUUCAAUAUGGUCCAUUUAUAGAAAAGCAAAACAUAGCGGUGCACAAAUUUUGCUUGUUCUUUUCUUCUAGGCUACAAGGGCUUAAAAAUGAUCAUUAUGGGUUUUACGAAUUCUUCCUAGAUGAAAUUUCAAAUCAACGCAGACUUUUCAACAGAAGGAAUUGCUGCUAUUGUAAUAAGAAAACUGCAAAUAUUAGUUGCAGUCAACGCAGAUGUGGACGUACAUUUCACUUCAUUUGCGGCCUACAAAAUGGGGCCAGAAAUCAAUUUGUUGCACCCUUUCGUUCGUAUUGCCAUCGCCAUGUUAAAUCGCCUAAGUCUCUUCCAAACGCGAAUGAAAUUUGCUGCAUUUGCCAUGAUGAAAUAUUCACAGGAACUACUAAUUUCAUUCCAGCGAAAAUGUUACACUCGCCGUGUUGCCGCAACAAUUGGUUUCACAAAUUGUGUUUACAAACGUAUGCACACUCAGCCGGCGAUUUAUUUAGAUGUCCAUUGUGCAAUAAUAAACACAAGUUUCUAAUUUCUAUGCUCUACUGGGGUGUGUGUGUUCCAGAAGUUAUUGGGCGUGUUGAACUGCAAUCAAAUGCGAAUGCCAUUGAAGAAGAAGAAAAUGAGCAUUCAGCGCAUAACAUUGAAGCCUUAAGGGGAAACCAAGCAAUACUUCUUCUCAACGAAAUUUUAAUGAGACGAAACGACAAUCGGAGACAACGGUAUGAAGAAGAGAUAUUUUCGGAUCAUCAUUAUGAACAUGCUCAACUUCCAAGAUAUUUUGAAUAUGCACAACUUCCAAGAUAUCCUGAAUAUGAACAAUUUCCAUAUGUAUGUGACAAUGGGUAUGGAAAUUCAUAUCUUCUUAAGAAUAAAAGCAAAGGCUUGACUUGGUUCAGCUGGUUCGUCGAUAAUGUGCUCUCUCAUCCGUUUAUUGUUUUGCGUCAACAAUGCCAAGUUAACAACGUAGCUAGAAGGUUUCAUUUACUGCCUUUUUCGUUGGUUCCAAUCAUAAUACAACUGUAUUAUCGUCAAGGUCCUAAAACGUUUUGGAAAGGUCUUGGUUAUAGCCUUAUUUUAAAGGGCAUUUCAUGGCUGAUAGGAAAUGACACUUCCGCAGGCGAAACACCGUUAAUUGUCUGUAUAAUACGCCAAUGUCUCGAAGCUGCUGCCCUCGGACUAAAAAGGCUGUGUUUAAUGAGCACUGUAGGAAACUUGGGGUUACCCGGUAUCGGUUGUACCAAUUCGACUAACAGCCAACGUCAAAUAUCAGUAAAAUCACUGUUUUUCCCUUAUAUAUGCAUGGAAAUCGUAAAAUACGAAUUUAGAGCGCUGGUAAAAAACUCUACUUUGGCCAUUUUGCGUAAGAAAAGAAAACUAAAACCAACCGAAUUUGAGAAUCAAAAAAUGGAAAUUAGAUCUGAUCUGAUUGCACGCAUCAUUACCGAGGUUACGUUUUAUCCGUUGGAAACUAUUCUAAAUCGCCUUCUACUACAGGAUACUGACACUAUUAUAGAUAAUCUUGAUAAUGGUAAGAGUUUGCAACCGCUAAAAACAUAUUACCAAGGAUUCGGAGACUGUUUUAAUACCAUUGUAAUUAUGGAAGGUUACAAAGGGCUUUACAAAGGAAUUGGUGCCUUAUUUACGCAAUUUUCUGUACACACUGUAGUUGUGAAUGUAGGAAUAUGGAUAUUUUCUUAAAUAUUAUAACUAUUUAGUUAUAAGAAAGAAAAUAUGAUAAGUAUAUGACAAAAUUGGUGGUUGGUUAGUUCAGGCGUUCUUAUGUAAAAAAUAUAUACUCGUACAACAAUAUUUCUAAAGUUAAAAGCUUACUCUCAUUUCUUAUUAUUCCGUUCAAAGUAUUUUGUCUAUAUAUAAUAUUUAAGUUACUUAAGCG